CCAAUUCGUUGUUAUUGCAGAACAGAGUCUCGAACGCGUUGCUUUGGUUUCGGUUCCGUUCGCCUCGUGAUUAUUUUUUUUAGGAAUAUAAGAAUAAUGCACGGAUAACGCCGUAAUCGAGUAAAAAUCGAACGCAGUACCGUAACACAGAGAUUGAUCUAUCCGAUAAGUGAUCAGUUCUUCGGUCGUCAAUGAAAUCCGUAUGUGCAGAGUGCGCUGAAGUGGAGCCUUGAGGAAAUGCCACCAGCUCGCAGCUGAGCUGCAUUCGCUGAUUGUCGUUGUGGUCGUGUCCUCUCGCGGGUGUGUGUGUGUGUGUGUGGGUGUGCACUGUGUUAUUUGGGUCAAAAGCUGCAGCAGCACAAAGUUCCCACUCCCAAUCCCGUUUCCGUUCCCGUUCCCAGGGGGUGUCCACCUGUUAUGCAGCUGGCCUAGUGGCUCAACUCGGCUCGGAUCGGAUCUAGCAUCCCACAAGUCCACAUGGACGCGAAGGUGCACCGCCAGCAUCAGCGGCAUCGCCGCACGGAGGCGCGACAGCGGCGCCUGGAACGGGAGGCGGUGGCUACGGGAGCGGCAGCUCCACCGCCCACCACGCCCGAGCGGGCAGAGGCCUUGGACUGUGCCACAGCCCUCAACGAGGGCGUGGCAUCGGCGGAUCCGGGCGGCAGCGGCGGUACGCCAAGCAGUGCGGGUCGCAUCAGUGCCCAGAGCUCGGCGGACAGCAUAGAACUGGUGGGUUCGCCCAGCCAGACGUCGCAGCAAACGGUGGUGCUGGUCAACGGCCACGCCCCGCCGGGCCAGGAGGAGGGGGAGGAGGAGUCGCCAUUGGGCGCUGGCAAUACCAGGGACUCACCGCCGCCGCCCAAGCAGAGCGAUGGCAGUCGCAACUCAUCCGGCGAUGCGAUGAGUCUGCGGGAGACCCUCCAGCAACUACCGGCCACCCAUCACCAUCGGUCCAGGCGCACUCACUCACCUGCUGAUCCGGAUGCGUCCUUUCAUCGCGGAAUACUUGGGUACAUGGACCGGGAGCUCAAGCAGAGCUCCCCCACGCCCUCCGCCCCCGCCGGAACCGGAAACGGAACUGGAAACGGAACUAGCACGGGCGCAUCGAGGAAGCAGCAGUCGCUUUCCGACCCUCAGGCCAGUCCCGCCCAGCGAUCCCUGCGCUCGAGGAGCAGCUUCGACAAGAGUCCGCGGCGCAAGAGGAGCAAGUCGGAGUCCCGGAGGAGACGCGAACGGAAGCUAAUAGCCGCCGGCGAGAUGGAGGUCCGGCAGGCCAACGAAACCCUGAUGCGGUACCUCAAGCAGUGCUCCGACAUGCACGACGCCUCGCUCUCCGGCGAACUCGAGAUCGACCAGAGCCUGGAGGAGAGACGCGUCCAGCGGAAGACCAAGUCGCAAAGGGACAAGCGGGGCCAGCUAAUCUCCAAAUUGUACUCGGCAGGCGGUAUAUCCUCGAUUCUAAAGGAGCUGGCCGACGACAUAGCUCCGGCCGAUGGCGAGGAGAUCUACAACCCGUUCACGCCGGUCGUCUCGCCCACGGACGAUGCGCCCGCGCACAUCGACAAGAUGUUCCUGCAGACGUCAUCCGGAUAUCGACCCGUGGAGCACAGCUACUACAAGCGCUCCUUCCUGGGGGCGGCUGUUCGUGGAUCCGCCGGAAUUUCGGUAUCCGGCGGCGGAGGUGGAUGUGGUGGUGGUGGCGGAGGAGGAGGUCGCCUCGAUGGCAUCUCGGCCGCGGAGCUUGGAGGCGCCGGUCGCCUCUUCCGCUCCAGCGGCAGCCACGGAAUGGGUGGAAAUGGAAGUGGGCGUGGCAGCUACGGUGAUACCCGCUGUUUGCUGGAUGCCGACUUUAAUCGCAAUGGGAUCACCAGCAACAUACAACUAGCCUGUGUAGUUCAACGAAUCUGGCUGCUCAUCUCGAAUAUAUGCCACGGCUUGCUAGCCGGUCUAGCUCUGGCCCACCUACUCUUCGUGCUGAGCAGCCACCCCAUGGACUGGGCCAAGGUCAUCAAUGGCAUGAGUCUUGCGGGCGAGACGGUGUCAUCCACGGCCCAACCCCCAGCCGCAUCGACACCAUCGCCGAUGGAUCUCGAUUCUGGCAAUCGAGGAACGGAGUCGGGCGAAUCCUCAUCCCCAUCCGCAGCAGCAUCCGGACUGACCCUGAUAAGUGAUUACGCCGGAUUUGCGGAGAUCUACUUGAAUACCUUCUACUGCUUGGCCAUAAUCUGUCUGGUUUCCGUUUUCGAUCGGAUGGACAUCUGUCGCUGGAGCUUCUCGAACGCCAGCGAACUGAUCUCCUUUCGGUGGCUCAUCAUCACCAUGAUCUAUGUGGCGACAAUAAUCCUAACCAUCUGCUCCGAUUCCAUCGACGAGAAGCUGUACCUGUUCAACAACAAUGCCAACAUAACGCUGACGCAACAGGAGAUGCUGAGCAACAGUGUGCAGAGCGUGUGGAGCAGCCUGUCGGUGACGAGGAGCAUUGCCGCCAUAUCCGGGUGGAUUAUGAUCGGACUGACGCCGCAGGAGGAUAUGCUGUAUGAGCACCUGGUGGACCUCACCAAAUAUCAGUUGACAAAUAAUUGAAUUUAAGGCGACAAGUGUAAAUAUCGAACUCUUAGCAGCUAUUGUUCAGUUAUCGGCUUUUUAUAUGUACGGCAUAAUCGAAACGCAAUAGGACUCUUAUGCAUACCCAAAUCUUAAGCUUUAAAGUCGUCUCUUAAGGAUUCACACUGAUGCCCUUCGCAGGCCGCUAGAACAAACCCACGGGGAAACCGAUAAUAUGACAACCAGAGAACCCAAUGGUUAACCUUCGAGCUAGUUAACUAAGCAAAUAUAGUGAAUACUCGUACUGUUAAAGCGAGAAGAAUAUGAAAUACCUAUAUGUACCAGAUAGCAGAUAGAUGUAUUCAUGUACUUACGCAUAUAUACCAUAUGUUACCUACAUAGAUAUACAUAUAGUACACAUAAUUGAUAUACAUUACAAGCGCGAGUAUAGAAAUAUUUACAAUUCUUGAAAUCAUUUUACUCACACAUAUCGUCUUAAGAUACAGAAUCCUUUGUUAUCUUUUUUUAUCGUUGCGGCACUUUUACGGCAAAGGCUUCCCAA